AUGUUUGCAGAGGUUUGUGAUAGAGGUUUAAUAAAGUCAUCGGAAAAUAUUUCUGCAACUGUCAUUUGUUAUAAAAAAGAUCAUGGAUCUAUUUUCACGUGUCCAUCGACGGUAAAUCAGGGAACAACCUUGAUAGAAGAUGUCCCAACUACUUCAAUGGCAAGAACAGAAUCAGUUAUUCCGUUACGUACAACUCAACCAAGAUCCACGACUGUACUAUUUAGUAUUACAAAUCCAUCAUCAAGCAACUAUCCAUCUUACAAUAAUUAUACGUAUACUUGGGUAGCCACUGAAACAUCAGCAACAUUGUCUUUCUUUUUCCGCCAUGAUCCCGGCAGAUGGAUGCUAGAUGAUGUCAGUGUCUCGCACGGCUCUACAGAAUUAAUCAAUGAUGGAGGUUUCGAAACGGGUAAUUUAAAUGCUUGGAACUAUUCAGGUUCGUGUUCAUACCAUAAAGGACAAGCUUACAAGGAUCCAUCUUAUGCCAAAAGUGGUAGCUAUUACUAUUACGACCGCUGUAGAUCGUAUGGCGACACUAUAAGUCAAACAUUUUACACGAUGAUCGGUGAAACAUAUAUUAUAAGCUUUUGGUUAACUAACUAUGAUUGCUGCGGACACAAUGAAACUGCUUAUGUCACAAUAGUUUGA